GAGCAAGAGAUGGGGAUGGAGCAGGGACGGAGAGGGGCAGGGGCUCCUCUGGCUGUGCCCCCUGGAUAUAAUAGCAGCAUCACCUGCACUCCUCGGUUGCUUGCUAACUGCUCUCCCUCUGUUUGCAGCGACAUCAGCCCCCUGUUGAAGGACCCUGUAGCUUUCAAGGCUUUGAUCGAUCUUCUGGAAGAUCACCUGAGGGCCUCCUUCCCCAAAAUCGAUGUCAUUGCAGGUCUGGACUCCCGUGGCUUCCUCAUAGGCCCCCCCCUGGCUCAGAGGCUGGGAGUUGGCUUCGUGCUGAUCCGAAAGAAAGGGAAACUCCCCGGCCCCACCGAGUCCAUCUCAUACGCCCUGGAGUACGGCAAGGCUGAACUGGAAAUCCAGAGCGAUGCCGUGGAAGCGGGACAAAAAGUGGUCAUUGUGGAUGACUUGCUUGCAACUGGAGGUACGAUGCGUGCAGCCUGCGAGCUGCUGGCGAGGCUGAAGGCUGACAUCCUGGAGUGCCUGGUGGUCAUUGAGCUGAAGAGCCUGAGGGGAGCAGCCAAGCUGGAGGCCAUCCCCUUCCACUCCCUGCUGCAGUACGACUGAGGCUGCUGGCUGCUGCAGCACCUCUCAGGUUGCAGGUGGUGACUCUGGCUUGAUGUCACGAUGGGGUGGGCAGGGGGACCUGCACUGACUCCUGCACAAGAAGCUGUGGAAGCUGGAGUCCUGUUCAUUUGCCAAAGCACAGAUCAAAGCAUGAUCCUUUUUUUUUUUUUUGAGUUCAUCUCUUUGGGGAGGGGGAGACCACGAUGCCAUUUUGUAGGUGAUGUGUUCUAGGCUACCAAAGCAGGGCAGGGUGCUCCAUGGGGCCACAGGUCUCUCUGCCUGAGGGAGAGCUCCAAGCGGGUCCUGAGGAGCUCAGAUGGGCGCAGUGCUGCUGUGCCUCCUGGUCUGAGCAGGGUUCAGGCUAUAGCCCUGGGCUAUCCCACCUCCCUGUCUUAGCAGGGGCUGAACUCACUGGUACAAUAAACAUUGAUUUGUUUUUCUA